AUGACAACGACAGCUCUAGAAUGCCUCUACAGGAGAGCCUUGGAGCACUCACAGGCAGUUUUUGUACACGAUGCCGGAGCCCUUGAUCUGCCAAAAGUAGAUGCAAAGGCAAGCAAAGCCCCCAUCUUUGACAUCCAGUCUCGGCCAGGAGCAGGAUCGACUUUGCUGGGCUAUCUUGCCGAUGUCGUCGCUUCGUCAGACAGUACCUCACAGCUUCCAGUGACUAUCAUUGCGAGCCCGGCUGCAUUUGAGCUCCUCGUGCCUGCUCUGACCUCGCUCGAUCAACUUCACCACCGUCCCCGACUCUCUCUCAUCAUUUUAGCGGCAGCGCCUGGCCUUCAGUCAGGUACGCUGGCUUUGACGACUGGCGCCGAUGCUAUUGGUCGUGCUAUACAGCAUCUCUUCGACUCGGGCUCGGACGAAGAGUUCGAGAUCAGAUUCAGUGGCGGCAGUGGACAAGGUGCUAGCGAGCUCUUGCUCGAUGCUGCUGCCAAUGAGAAGCUCCUAGCAGAGGGCAAAGAUGUCAUUCACAUCAUCGAGGCACUCUCUGCUGCUCGCGAAUGGGGUCAUUACCAGCUGCCCACCGGACCAGGCGUCGCAACGCCAGCUGCUACGAAUUAUAUUGGCCCGCAGGAGCCAGAGACUGUGCUCGUCUUGCCGUCAUCGCUCGACAGUGCACUUGCGAUUGGAGCGUGGUACUCGGCACAGCAGUCAUCCGUACAGAUGAAGCUCGGCGUCUUCGUUGUUGCUCAGAUCCGACCCUGGCCGAUAGCUGCCUUGAAAGAUUUACCUUUUGCGAGAGCACGCGUAGUGCAUGUCAUCUCGUCCGGUAGAGACGACCAGUGGCUGCUUCGCGAAUUAUCGAGCUUGCUGCCUCAUGCCGGCAGCAGCAAAGGAUCUGCACCGUCGAUUCAGCCUCUCGUGCUUGGCGCUACAGAAAGACCUACUUUGGCAAUUUAUGCAAGUCUGCUGGCCACUCUAGCCAGCGCUGGAACGCCUAAUAUCGCUUUCGACGAGCUCACAAAGGUCAAAGUUGGCCUCGCUUCGCUCGCCGCAGUUCCCUCAUCAGCCCACGUCGGCGCGACCAAGCUCAUCACAUUCUGGGAUACUGACGCUGGACCUCUGGCUGCUCUGCCCCGCAUGCUCGCACAGAGUGUGCAUGAUGAGGGCAUGAAUGCUCGUCUCGUGCAGGGCAUCGAUCGCUUUGCAGGCAAGGAAGCCGGGCGGGGUGUAUCGAAUGCUCAGAUGCUUCUGUCUCCUGGCGGUCAGGCCAUCAGCAAAUGGCAGCCUGGCGACGUGAUUUCUCAUCCGCUCGACGCAGUCGCUGAUUCGACUCCUCCAUCCUUCGUCAUGCUUGCUUCGCCUCAGUCUAUAUUGGGCACUUAUUCUGCUUUUGAGCAAGUAGGACCCCAUACACAGGUCCUUUGCUGCAGCUCAUGGAGCGCUGACGACUUCAGAGAGAAGCUCAACAAUUUCAACAAGUCCAAGCUGGCCGAUCGGCCCACUGGCAGUCUCUGGAGCCUUCAUGUCGAUGGUAUCGCAAAGUCACUCGGCGCACAUGCCGUUCAUGUCGCAUAUGCUGCUUUCUGGAUCAUGUUCCUGCGCGCUCCAGGAGGUCACAAGGCAGAUGCAGGUGCCAACGUCACGUCGAGCGUAGCUCAGCUAUUGCGGUCUCUGCGUGUCGAUGGCGACGUAGAGCAGCUCGUACAAAGCGUACGCGAUGGCAUACAGCUCAUCGAGCUCCCCAAGGAAGGUGAAGGACAGCCUGCUGCUCCUGCCGAAGUGGACCAGGCAUCGCCAGAGUCUCUAGCCCCGCUGCCAGGCCGUCUGAGUGUCGACUCGUUCGAGCCUAGCUCAGCUCGCGUCUUUCCCGAGCCUCAGCCGGAGUCGCAGAUCAAGCCGCGCGAAGCUGCCAAGCGACUCAUCUUCCCAGAGCUAUAUCAGACCGUCAAGAGCGAGCGACCCGAUCUGUCGGAAGACAACUUCUUGCUGACCGUCACGGAAAACAGACGACUCACACCGCUCGACUAUGAUCGCAAUGUCUUCCACAUUGAGUUUUCGACCAAAGGAACAGGUCUCAAAUACGCCGUUGGCGAAGCUCUGGGCGUGCACGGCUGGAAUGAUCCGGACGAAGUGGCCGAGUUUCUUGAGUGGUAUAAUCUCAAUCCUGAUCAGAUUGUCGAUUGCCCGAGCGCGACCAAGCCGGGCACAGUCGAGCAACGCACUGUCUACCAAGCAUUCAUGCAAAACUUGGACAUCUUCGGCAAGCCGCCCAAGUCGUUCUAUGAGGCGCUGUCAACUAAGGCAUCCGACCUUGCUGAGGCUCGUCACUUGCGCUUCAUUGCGUCGGCCGAGGGCUCGUCGACAUUCAAAAAAUGGUCAGAGCUCGAGACUGUGACCUACGCCGAUGUUCUCAAAGCGUUUCCGAGCGCGAUGAAGAACGUCGGCCUGAUCGAUCUGCUUCGCGAAGUCUCGCCCAUCAAGCCUCGUCAUUACAGUAUUGCGAGCAGCCAGAACUUUGUUGGCGAGUCAGUACAUCUGCUCGUCGUCACUGUCGACUGGGCCACUCCCAAAGGCGUCACGCGGUACGGGCAAUGCACGCGCUACCUCGCUGCUCUACCCGUAGGCGCCAAGCUCCCGCCUCUCGACACCCAGCCCAUCAUCAUGGCCGGCCUCGGUACAGGAGCUGCACCUUUCCGUGCCUUCAUUCAAGAGCGAGCAUGGCAGAAGUCCCAAGGUAUCGAGGUCGGCGAGCUGCUGUACUACUUUGGCUCCCGCGAGGAACUCGAGGCCUACUUGCAGGAUGGCGUCGUCACCCGGCUCGGAUUGGCGUUCUCUCGCGAUACGAGCAAGAAGGUCUACAUCCAGCACAAGAUGGUCGAAGAUGGCUCGCAGAUCGCGGAUCUCUUGGUCAACAAGAAGGCGCUCUUCACUCUCUGCGGUCCGACAUGGCCCGUACCCGAUGUUUAUGAAGCGCUGUGCAACGCGCUGGUGACAAAGGGCAAGUCACUCGAGGAGGCACAGGCCUAUAUCGAAGAGCUCAAGGAGGACGAGCGCUACGUGCUAGAGGUCUACUAG